AUGCCUGCCGUCCUACAAUCUACCAUUAACCUUUUGGAGACGGAGCUCGUCAAAGCCCGUGCCGCUCUCCAAGAAAUUCAACCGGCGCCGAUCUUGCGCAUCGGAGAUGAGGUCGCCGUCGGCGCUAUGAUCGCCUAUCGUCAAAAUCUCAUCAGCCGCGCUCCCGAUUUCUAUGGCUCUCGUCGCCUCACUGCAAAAGAACUGGGCCUUGAACCUAUCAUCCGCGAAAUUCCUCAGAAGAUUACCCCAAAUGUAAUCUCUAUGCCAGAACCCACACCCUCUCCGCGCCGAGCGCCUAUCGAAGAGGCCCUAACCAAUAGUUUGAUCCUGGAUCAUGUCGCGCCUUAUCUCGCAGCACCAUCCUUACUAGCUCUGGCAUCGACAUCGCGACUUAUGUAUAGCAUGAUUACACAAACUCCCUAUAUUUUCCGACACCUUGAUCUGACUCGCUGCCGGGGUGCUCAGCUUCCUAAAAAGUCGCAGCGCCAGGAUGACUUGCAGACGGAGGACGAAGUAUACUCUGCGCCGCUGCGACGCAUUUUCGCCAGUUUGGAGAAAAGAUCGGUGCUACAGGAUGUGCGCACCCUGGUUUUGGAUGGCUUACCAGUACCGGCCAAUCUAGUCGCCGAUAUCAUCCUGACAGAUCGAUUUAAUGUCAGCAUUCUCUCGAUCCGCGAGUGUCUCCACCUCAAUGAGCGAAAGCUCAUGCAGGUCAUCCAACAUGCCGUUCGGCCUACACGCCCAGAGGGUACUCCCCGGAUCAAGGGUAUCUAUCACUUUUCACCCAGAACCAAGGCACCUCGGGGUGUAGUGCGACGCCGAUAUCGUGACUGGUGGGGCUCUCGCAUUGGCUCCCGAAGUCCUAGUCAGAGCUCCAGUUCAUCUUCAUCGAGUGCGUCCUCGGAUGACGAGGAAGAUGUCCCCAGGACACCGGCAGAGCAAAAUGAAUGGUACAGCUCCUCAGGGAGAUUGUUCAAACACACUUUGGACGAUGGCUGGGCACAAACCUUGCAGAAAUGUGAGGGCAUCAUUGCAUUUGAUGCGGUGCUUUGUCGUGGACCGCGCCAUGAUGUCAAUCUGUAUUCUGUGGAUGAAGGCAAGAUGGCCCCAGAAGCUCCUCUGCUGGGACCAGCGGUUGCUACUGUGGCACUGGGCCCGCGUGGGUGUGAUGGGUGUCAUAGUUCUCCAGAGGGACCAGCGAUCUGGGGUCAAUCCCCAGAUCUACAGUUCCCACUGCUGAACCCAAUGCCCUUACACGUAUCCAGCGUCACCGCAGCGAAGCGCCCUGAACACAUUCCCGGACAGCAUCCAUGCCUGAUUGCACGAUGUGCCGACUGCUUGACUGAUCGCUGGUGCCAUCGGUGUAAUAAGUGGUUUUGCUCUAAUUGUCUGCCCAAUCCUCAACAUGCUCAAGUGAACUUGUCGCCACACCAGACAGCGGUUCGCCCCCCUCAGGGACCGCUAACAGGACCAGUUCGGGCAGGAGAGCGAGAGGAUUCUGUGCCAGGAGUUAGCAAGGAUUGCUGGGAGUGUGGGCCGACCUGUGCAUCGUGUAAACUGGAUUGUCAGCAUACCUGCCAGAGCUGCCAAGGUGACUACUGUAUCGACCACAACGAAGGAUGUUCCGCCACGAUGUGUGAUUGGUGCAAUACCAGUGCUCGCCACCGUAUGCGCAGUUUUCGUUAA